AUGUCGAAGCCGACGAUCCUUCUCGUUCCGGGCGCCUGGCAGCCUUCUGACGCCUUCGGCCCUCUACGUCACCUGCUCCAGCAGAAGGGCUAUGAAUCCGUUGCCGUUGACCAUCCCUCAGUGGGCGGCGAGCCGGCGAACCAAACUCUGGACACGGAUGUAGCCUCGCUGAGGGCUGCCUUAACCAAUCUGGUCGAGGAACAAGCCAAGCACGUGGUUCUCGUCCUCCACUCCUACGGCGGAGUCGUCGGAUCUUGCGCUAGCGAGGGUUUCGGCGCAAGGCAGCGCGCCUUGGAGGGGAAGCAGGGUGGUAUCUUGGAGAUCGUCUAUCUCUCCGCAUUUGCUCUUCCUAAAGGGAAGAGUUUGCUCGAUAUGCUUGGCGGCCAGCCCUUGCCAUGGAUGAGGUUCGAGGGUCCCAGGGUCUUCGCCGACCUACCAGCCUCAACUGCUCUCCCUGAUCUCUCGCCCGCCGAGCAGGACAAGUGGGGCGCUCGUCUCACCCAUACUGCUGCUGCCGUCUUUUCCGGCCCGUCGACCUACGAGCCGUGGCAUGACAUCCCUUGCAUGUACUUCAUCUGCGAUGGCGACACCAUCCUCCUUCCGCAAAUUCAAGAGGCAAUGGCUCAGUCCCUGAACGCCACCAUCCGAAGGAAUUCUGGUGCGCAUUCUGCUUUCCUCUCAGUGCCUGAUCAAGUCGCAGAGGGUAUCGAGGCUGCGGUUAAAGAAGGGCAAGAAAAAAGCAAGGUUUAA